AAAUUGCUGUUUUAAACUUUGUUUACGAAAACUGCAUGUACUUCAAUACUUUGAUUUUAAGUGCUAAUUUAUGUUUCUUCAACCUCACUUAAAUAUCCUUACUUUGAGCAGCAGGAUGUUUUAUUUUAAUCCAGUUUAAGAGGGUUAUAUGUAUUUCUUUCCCCCUCCAUUUUUUGCAUUUGCUGUUGUUGAAAUUUUAUUACAAAGGUGGUCUUAAUCCUGUUCAUUUGAGCUUCUUUAAUCGCCUCUUUUCCUUUUCUAGGCAUCUCUCUCUAGCAGAUGUUAAGUAUUUCUUAUCUUGUUAAUUUUCCCCAAACGAUGUCAAUUCUCUGAGUUUCUGUAAGAAGAUAAGGUGACCAGUAGGAUUCAAAGGUGCAUGAAAUUGCCAUCACUCUUGUCUUGACCAACAGUGCACUUUUAGAAUUAGAUUUAUUUUUGGAUCUUUUUUCCACCCUGAGCUGUCUCUUCUCUGCAGCAUGGUUUUAUUUCCUUCAUGGUUUCUUUUCUGCAUUCACUUUGCCUUUCUCCUUGUCUCUCAUUACCCUCCUCACCUCUCCUCUCUCAUUAUCUAUCAUUUUCUUUGAUUUUCUUUUUCUUGAUGUCUGUGCAAGAGAAUCUUUUCACCCUGCAAAUGUUUGUAAUAACAGUUUCAGAGAGUGAGUGAAACAGCUAAUGGGUGGCCUUGGCUUCAAGUUUGUGCAAGUAUUUGUCUUACGUUGUGUACUGAAGUGAGAAACUCCUUAAUAAAUACACCUAAUCGCGGCUGAUGCAGUGAUGUGAAGUGAAACUUUCCAUGGAACACUGGGUCUGAAUAACCAUGAAUGCAUUUUUCAUAAGCUAAAACAUUAUUGUGCUUUGCAAGCCUGUAGUUUUAGAAGGGUUUUGUUUGAGGGACUCAGAAAUCAGUCAAAAAAAAUACUGUGACUGCAAGCAAAUUUACUUCUGACACCGUUGACCUCUGUAGGAUUCUGUGAUGCAAAACUGGAAGGAGGCAAGGGUGAAUCAGCCUCAUUGUUUCUUUGUGUACAAUCCAAUAAUUGCCCCUGUGGAUUCUUUGCAAUACACACGCAACUUAAUAUCAAUCUAGGCAAUUACCUCUCCCUCUGCAAACACUUUCUUUCUUUGGUGGUAUUUUUCUGGGGAAGUACAGGACAGCAGUGAAUGGUACUUACCUACCACUAUUGAGAUACUUGAAAUGGAGCCAUAUAUGUUUUUUUCUGUUACACCCUCUGUUGUACUGUCUUUGCUGGGGCUAUAAACUAUACCUAGAUUGGAAUCAUGCCGUGUUCUUAUAGACCUCCCACAGAGAGCAUCAGGGUAGGGAAGGAAACACUCUGAUUCCCCAAGUCAUGAUCUUUGAUAGCAGUUUGUUUCGACACUGCUUUUUUAGCAAGCUGUUUUCUCUGUUAUCAGCUGUGUGUAAAUAAUAUUCUGAGCAAAAUCAAGAGUCAUAAAUCCCUUGGCAGAUGCUUUUGUCUACUGUCACAAUUUGAUACUUUUAGUUCACUCAUUUUGAUAGUAGCUAAUUAAUCUUUGUAAGCAUUCAACUCACAGAAAAGAAAACAUCAUUUUCAGUCAGGAUCAUUUUUCUUCCAGUCUAGAGGAAAGAUCAACGAAGAAAAUACAGAAUAGUUUCUAUAAAACCUACUCUGAAUAAAUGAUACAUUAAACCCAGAAAGGUCUUUGACGUCUCAUGUUAGUGUAGAAACUCUGCAAAUCCAUAGUCAAUUAUAAAAUGCUGCAAAGGACACAAAGCCUGCUAUAGUUAUAGGCCUCAAGUACACGUAGAAGCAGGAUUUUUGCUGGAUAAUGAAGUGCUGUGAAGCCAGAACAUGCAUGUAGUUACAGAAGAGGAGGACUUACGGCAAGAAAACUGCCAGGCAUUUUCUGAUAUAGCUCUGGUAGCAGAGCAUUCAUUUCAAGUACUUAAAAGAUUGUCAAGGCAUUUGUAGAAACGGUGGUGUUAAGCAAUACUCCAGUACUCUAAAUGAUUAUGAGGUCUUACAGCUGGUGAUAAACCUGCAUGUAUUCCUCCCAGAUCAAGCAUGGUGCAUAGUCAUGAAAUCUGAAUAGCCAUCUGUUCAAGGUUUCCAAGGCCAAGGGAUCUAGUCAUUUAUUCCAGACCUCUGGAGGAUUGCACUGGAAACUGAAAAAUUAUCAGAGACUUGAGAAAAGAAAAUAAGACACUUUGGAGAGAAUAUGUAAGGUAGGUUCUCAAAGCAACAGAGAGAGGAAGAGGUGGAUGGGCAAGUAGGCAGCCUACCUGGGCUUGGAUCAACAAAGUCCACAAAAGGGAAAAAACAGCAACCAUCAAAACUGGAAUUUCACCAUUGGCCACAAGGCAAGCCAUGAACUAGGGAGUGGUUUAACGACUCUACAAAUAUCCUGGAAUAUGGUGGAAGCAGUACUGCUAGAUCUAUUCAGCCUACCAGCUAACUCGCAGACCAACAUCCAAGGAUUACUAUGUAACACAGUGGAAACUAUUGAGAAAUGCUCUUCCAUCCCUGCUCCAUUUGUUUAUGUCAUGUUUUGCCAGAGGCAAGGGGAUGAAAGGAACAGUGAACAAGAGUCCUCGCUUCCAGAUCUGAGAGUAUUUCAAAGUCUGAAGAAAAGACUGGAGGUGGUACAUGCUUCGACUGCAGCUGCUGCUCUGUAUACAAUCAAACAAAGACUGGAUGAAAAAGAUCUAAGUGUUAUUAAAGUUAUUCUUCCUACCUUAAGAAAAGACUUAAUGAAAGUAUAUAUAGACCAUCUCUUUACACCAGUCUACCAGUUUGAAUUUGAGGAUUUGCAAGUGGCAUCUGAUUGUAAAAACCUACAGAUAGCUGAACCUCAGAGUGAAGAGCAACCAUCUUCUACACUGGAUGUGGCACUCAUUCGAAGUGAGAUUCAGAGGUACUUGGAAAGCCUGCCGAGCCUGAAAGGGGAGCUCACCAUCCUCAGAUCCUCCCUGAUCCCAGGUGAUAUCUUCCUACAUGGCUUCACCACAAGGACUGGUGGGAUCUCCUACAUACCUACUCUAAGCUCCUGCAAUCUCUUCAGCAGUUCCAAGCGGAGGGACCCACAAGUUGUUGUUAAAGAGAAUCUCCGCCGGCUGGCUAAUGCUGCAGGAUUUAACCCAGAAACUUUUCGCAGAGUCAAGAUUGAUCAUGGUAAUGCUGUGUGCAUUAUGGGAAAGACAGAGCCUGACAGCUAUGAUGGGAUAGUUACGGAUCAGAAAGGUGUUACAAUAGCAGCUCCAGGGGCUGAUUGCAUACCCGUGCUGUUUGCAGAUCCUGUCAGAAAAGCCUGCGGUGCUGCUCAUUCUGGAUGGAAAGGCACAUUGUUAGGAGUUUCUAUGGCCACAGUAAAUGCUAUGGUAUCUGAAUAUAGCUGUAAUGUGAAAGACAUCCUCGUGGUGCUGGGCCCAUCUGUAGGACCUUGCUGCUAUAAACUUCCUCACGAAUCAGCUAAAGAGUUUCACAGAAUUGAUCCAAAGUGUGUGAGACUAUUUGACUCUGCAAGACCUUACAUUGAUAUUAGGAGAGCAACACGGGUUCUUCUUGAGAGCGGUGGGAUUCUUCCUGAAAAUAUCCAAGAUGAUUCUGUCACAGACCAGAACCAAAACAUCACUUUCUGUACUGCAUGCCACCCUGAUAAAUUUUACUCUCACUUUCGUGAUGGCACUAACUUCGGGACACAGAUUGGCUUCAUAUCACUCAAAGAAUGAAAGUAUCUCUUACUGUCAAAUAGUAUUUAGACGAUCAGUCUGGUGCAUUGCCUGUCAUCCUGCUCUCCUUGUAGUUCUUCCUUUCUUUCACAGACCAUAGGGAACUCAUGGGUCUCAUGAUUCUCCUGUUUCUUUCCUUCCCUGCUAUUCUGAGGCAAGAAAAAAUGUCUAGGCUGUAGAGCCAGUAAUUCUUGUGUGAGACAACGUGCAAAGGAAACAAGAGAGUGAAUUUAGCCUCACUUAAUUUUACUGACCAGUAGAAGACUUAUCUGUCUUACUAAGCAAAUUCUAAGUGUGCGCUCUUUUCAUUUGGCUGUAAAAAAAUUGCUUCUAGGUGUCACAAUAGAUGUGAUAGUUCCUGGUGCAUAGACAGUGGGAGCUUCCUAAUAAUAAAACUACGCGGUCUGUAGCUUGCAGAGCUGCCAAGCCUCGGGACAACUGUCCGCAUGACGUAUUUUAUAUUUUGAAUUCAACGGUCUUUACCAGUUCAAGAUUUCUACUUCCACUAGAGGUCAGUGCUCGCUCACGCUGAAUUUCAUCCCUGUCUGCAGUCUACGUACGGUUUUUCAAACGAUGCAUUUUGCUAAGCACUGUAUGGCACACACUGCUACUUUUGCAGAUAUAAUCAUGUGCCAAGUUAUUCCGGUGUCUGUACUUGAAAAGCAAUUUAUUUUUCAUUUUGCUGAGCUGUCAUUCAGAGCUGACCAACUUAGAACUUUGUCCUUUGAGAGAAGAGACAUUUUAAAAACCUUUCUUCAACCUCUGAAUAGUGUUUCUCAGAGAAGAGCCUGGUUCUGAAAAUAUUAGCCUCUGACUGCAAUCAUCUACCAAUAAAAUACUUCUCUGAAAUGUCCUACUUCUUCUUUAGAAAUAUUGUUCCUCUUCAGCUGUAGCACUGCAGUCCUUGACAAGAAAAACACUUACAUUUUCAGUCACCUUUUACAAACCUCACCACUGCUUUCAUCGGUUUUGGUUCCUUUUGUAAUUCCACUGUGGUGAUUUCCUAGCUGGAUUCAAACUGGAGGUUUAGGUUCCAACAGAGGCAGCACUCACACUCCUCAAGCUACUGCUGCCACGCAUGUUACUGCACAGUAGCUGAUGGUGUGUAUCAUAUGUGUAUGUAUUACAGAGUUAUUUCAAACAUAGGAUAAUAUAAUUACGUGAACAGUGACAGGCUUAUCUUGCUGCACUAUGUGAAAAACCCAGCAUCCCACCUUCACCUUUUAGUUCUGUUGCUUUUCCCUGAUAUCAUGAGAACUGCUUUGUGGGCCUUGACUAACAUGGCAGUGAAGUGAGUAAGGUAUCUUUUUCCUUCUGCUGCUUAGGCUGUGGGGGCAGUAGCACCACGUAGUCUUCAGUGUCUGCACCUGAAACUCAGCCAAAGCUUGUCUGUCAGUGCCCUUCGCUUAACUCUCUUCCCUUGUGGAUUAGGAGUGUGCUGUCAAAAGCAGCUGAGUCACUCGGUUUUGCAAGGUACUGCUUGACAACUGAAGGACCAUAGAUGCCAACGUGCUCAGUUAGCCCAGCUCACCUCAAAGAUGGUUUUAAAUGAGCACAUUUCACUUUGCAGUAAAUAAAAAGACUUUGUAGUAAGUAAAAAGACCUUGCAGCCAUGCUACUCAGCACAGUUCAAAUGCUCAACGGCAUAUUAAGUCGCAGUAACAUGAUACUGAUAGUAACCCCUGGCUUGCUCAUACCUGCUCAAAAAUGACAGCAGAGACUUCCUUCCUGAUUUGAAAAACACUGUUUACAGGUCAUGGUAGGUCUGUGCAAGCUGGAGAGCAUGUCAGAAUGAGCAGAAACACCAAAGGCUUUACGUUUUAGAAGAUAAACCAUUGCCACAAUCAUUUUUAGUUUCUUUUACACUGAACUACCUAGUCUGUAAACAUGUCAAGACAGGAAGCAUCCUUUUGUACAUGGAUUACUGAGGUGGAGAACUCUGCAACCAAUAAUAAAAUAAUAAUAAUGCUGAGUUCACAAACAGAUUAGGCUCUGUAUCAUACAGAGUUUCUUUUGAAAGUCCAUGCCACAAAAACAUUUUAAUUCUUCUAUUUAAGGAGAAAAAAAAAAAGUUUAGAGUAAGGAAAUGUAAAAAAGGAGGCAAAGCUGGUUUGCAUCUUUAUGCAGAAAUUAUUUAUUUGCUGUUCAUCCCAGUUGCUCCCUUAAGUGGCCAAGCAGAUCAACCCUGAUUCACCACCUCUAUGAAAACUCUUAAAAUGCUUCACAAAGUGUUCAGCUGUACCCGGUGAUCAGACCCCAUUUACUUAAUUUGCCUACUAAUUUAUAAGCUGCAUCUGCCUUAUUAUUGUCAUCAAAUAACAUUAAUUAUGAUUGUGGUAUGCCCUGAGGAGAGCACAAGACAUGAUCGUAUUUAAUAUUGGUUUUCAUAGCUGUUCCUGUGCAAUAAACAUUUGUUGCUAUUGUAAAUUCUAAAUACGGGCCUCUUCAUUUGCAUUUAUGUCCUGGAAUGGAGUGCAUCAAAAUAAUGCCUGAGAAAGGCUUAUGCGGUAUUCCAGUAAAUCAGGGAAGCUCCAAUACAAACUUCUGGUGCCACUGCUUGGAGAAAGAGUGUGCGACUUCAGAGGCAGAGAUCAAAGCCUGAAAUAAUUGGUGAAGUAUUUACCCAAACUGGGAUUUAUUGCCACUGGUAUGGCAAAGGUAAAAAAUAUUAUAAGAGGAUUAAAUUAAAAAUAUCUUUAAUUAAUUUGUAGUCACCAUUGUUGACUGCUAGUCUCUUUCUACUGAUGACUGUGGGACAAGAUGGAGGCUAGACAGUUGCUUGAUCUGAGUUCAGUAUUUGAUGGCUGUGUUUGUGAGUGGCAGCAAAUUCAGAAGCCAUGGGACUGGACCUUAAGCAAAAGACUUGGUAACACCUCAACUCACAGAAAGUAUAUAAUUCCUCCAAAAGUACAAGCACAGGAAAAUAUCUCCUUUCUCCACUAGUAACACAGUUUGCAAAGUGGUCAUCGUGCCUCUAGUCUCAUUUUCCUCAUUCUUAUCUCUUGUGUAUUGCUGUCCUUGUGUCCAACACUGCUCACAAUCACCUUACAGGGCUUGUGAAUCCAGUCUCAGUGUGUUGGAGUAAAUAGAUGUCAUUCUGUGCAUAGCAGUGCCAGUGUUGAUUUCUUUUGUCUGGGUGUGCUUUUUUUUCUUUUAGCAACAGUAUAAAAAAUUUUGGCCACAGUACAGGGUCUUUAUCAGUAUCCUCCAACCUAUUACCAUGUUGCAGGUUUCCAAAAGGGCUCCCAAUUACCUCCCAACUCGGCAAAGAAGUCAAUAUUCCUAGAUUCCCUCACUGCUGUCCUCAUUUCCACUCCAUGCUCAGUUUGCUGCUGGGUAAUGCAGAGAGGGAGAUGAGCAGCACUCAUUUGUCCUGAGGCUCAGGGGGGUACAUAUGUGCGCUUGCCUUGAUGUCAUGCAUGCGAGGCUUUUGUUUCCUCAGUACCAAUGUCCUCCCUGAACUACAGCCUCCUAUUCAACAAUAUAACAGGACAGUGCACUGACAGGGAGCAGUAAAUCCUAUUUGAGACAGAGGAAAUAAUGUAUUGACCUGCUGAGGGAUUUACUUGCCUCCAAAGACUGACAGCAGGCUCUGCCUGUAAGGCUGACUUGUUCUACUUUCCAUUUCCAGCAGACACUAUCCAGUGUUUCCAGAUGAAUGAUUCAGCUAGAAAUGUACAUGGAUUUAAGAACUAUCCUAAUUGGAUGUAUUCUUACAUCAGGGAUAUUACUAAUUUUUAUCCAGUGUCACACCUUUUUAUAAGACUAAGAGAUUUUGCUGCUCUGCUUGCUUUAAAUAUACAAUGCCUGUGGCUGUGCUGCUAAAAAGCAUGAUUACAUAUUUCCCAAAGGCAUGCCGCGAAAUAGGAAGCUAGAUUUUUAAUGUGAUCCCUCUGAUCUUUCAUUAGUAAGCAUUUAAUUUACAGUAGCAUCUCACAUUACAAAUACUUAGCUAGCUGUCUUUGUGAGCUCUCAGGGGUCAAAGGAGGCCCACAGAAGAAUUUUGGGAGUGCAGUCCCCAGAGGACAGCGGGGUUGAGGUCUCUCUUCCCCUUCUGCGAAUGUGGCAUUGUGUCUCCAGGGCAACCUGAACUCUGACAGUCAUGGGAACAAGGACACAGCAUGGAUUUCCAUUUGAUUCCUGCAACAGAAAAGAGAUCUGAGACAAAAAUCAAUAUGUCACUAAACUACAAGAGUUCAUUUUCACAAUUAAUUUUACCAAAGGGAUUAUUCACUCUCUUUUUGUGCAAAUGUAUUUCACAACUACUAACUGCUCUAUUUGCUUUUCUGUUGUUGUCUCUUCUACAUGUAGCAAAGACCUAGACAUCUGAAAUAAAUAGGUUGUAAAAACUGCAUUUGGGCUGUACCUAACAUAAAACUGAACAAGCAUUUUAUAAAGGAGGCUGACAGCAAUGUUUACAUUUCAGGAUGUAUGAUUUCACUCUUUCUCAUGUGGUGCAAUAUUUCUAGGCAGAGAUUCAUAGUUUUGGUCAGAUGUUUCAGUUCAAAGUGAUUUUAUCAAUGAUAACUAUAGAAAGCCCUGCCUAUCUGAAGUAAAUAUCUUAACAUUUCUCUCUGAAGCGCUGAACUCUAUCCUAAAGGAACAGUCAAGCGUAUGUUUCUGCUAAAGGAAAACAUUACUGCUCUACUUUGCUUUUCUUUGUUUGAAAGCUGUGGACUUGUUUUUCCUGCACAAGAAUGAACCACUAAAACUCAGUUGUGAAAACAAACCCUCUUGGUUGGUUUUAAUAGCUGCUUUUAGUAAGUGCUUCAUAAAAUUAUUGUUAAAUAAAAGAAGGUUAUGCAGACAAUUUUAUACUGACUCUCUGCUUUCUUCUCUAUAUCAUCCUCUUCUCUAUAUUAUCCUCAUAAAAAGCUUUCGGAACAUGAUAGGUGAGAAGAGUGAGAAGCGUGUCAAAGAGGCUACUUUAGGCUUCCGGAUGUUCUUUGCUAUAUUUGAUGCUUAGAUCUUCCUCAGUUUCCUCAAUCAUCCUGUAACUUUAAUCCUCAAGUUCUCCCAUCACUGAAGCAUCUUGGCUCACAUAUCUGCAUGUUAGAAGUGGCAGAAACACUGAUGUAGACUUGAUAGUGACGUUUACAUUGCAGCAUUUCUUCAGCCUAUCUAGUGCUGGCAUAAAUGACAUUGAGAUAAAAAUAUUAUGCCACAAUGAUUAGAUAUUUUGAGAAAAAUCUCCUGAGCAACCCUGCAUUUACUUGAGAUUUUAGAGGCUGUAAAUCAGCAGCAAUUUUUUUUCCUUUUCAAAAGACUGGGAUAGCUAAAGAUAACUUUGCACACUCUCCUUAUCUAGCAUGUUUUCAUCAGAACAACAUGGUUUGUGUUUUAGAGUCUUGUGCAGUGUACAAUUAUAUUGCCUUGUUUCCUUUAAGAAUAGCUUCUUAACAAGAGAAUGACAGCAUAUAUAUUGGCCAGGAAGAGCAAAAUUCAGCUGACUUCUCUUCAUUAGUUUGUAUGGCUAUUUAACAUAAAAGUCUUCUGUCAGAAAAUGCAGGCACUGCAAAAUCGAGAAAUCAGGGGGCUCAAGCUAAAGUGCUCUUGUAUGAGAAAGGGUGAAGAAUCAGACAAAGCUAAUGUCUAGUUUCAACAUCUUCAGGAUGACAUGUUUCGACAUCUUCAGGAUGACAUGUUUCAAUCCAUAUUUUGGAACAAGCUUUCAUUUCCUGUUUUGAAUAUUAAGAGCAAUCUGAAAUAAACCAUUUCAAACUGAUAAAGUGCCAUUGCAAACUAAAACAAAUACUGAAUAUUAAAUUCAUGCAGAAAAGAGAGAGCUUGUCUUCCACAGAGCUCAUCUUACUAUUUAUGUAUAUCUAUCUGCAUGAGCCAAUCCUCUUAUUUUUUUCAGUAAAUAUUUCCUUUCUAGAUUGUAGAUAAUUUAUGUUUUCCUUAGUAAAUGUUUAGCUAAGUUUUACAUGCAAUAUUUAACUCCAUUAAUCUUUCCUAAGAUGAUCCUUCCAGCUCUUAAUUCUCUAAGUUCUGCCCUGUUAAUGUCAAUUAGCUGAUAAUCACUUUUCACUUACAUGCUUUUUAGAAGGAGCAUGACAUUUGAACUUUGUAGAGGCACUGUUUUUUUCUGCUUGCAAAGUUGUGCUUCUCAAUACAAAGAAAGCUUGAGGCAUCCUCAAUUGAAUAACUUUGGUUUUGUUUCCCUGGUCCCUUCUUUUUCAAAAGGGUCAUGGUCUAUUGUACUUCAAUUAGGAUGUAUUUUAGGCUUCCUAGCUAUAACUCAUAAUUCAUCUCAUUGUUCCAGAGGCAAAUCAAAGAGGCUCAAAUCAGCAAGUGAAAAAUAGUUGGUAUUUUUGAGCCUGACACAGGAUUUAUGAUAGGAGAACAUUUUUAACCUACGCAAAAAAACUUUUCGAAAAAUCCAAUGUUGUAAAGCUGACACAAGGAACCUUCAGUAUAGAAAUAACUUCACCGUUUUUGCAGGAAGGAAGAAAAGUUUAACAACGUAUAAAACUUAAUAUUUGUCCCUUGAAUUAUAUUCAUAUCAGACAGGAUGCCUUUGUACAUAUUGAUUUAUCCCCAGUAAACUGGGCUGAGGCUGGAAGAAAAGGAUGAGGUUGUUUGUGCACUGUAAUAAAUGAUAUCAGAAGAGGGAUACAGCAGCAUUCCUUUCAGCAAGUGAGCUAAAGAGCGCUUAGGCUAAUGAUGAACCAACUUUCUACUGAGCCAAUAUCUGAGACUGAAAAAACAGCCAGUCAUUCCUUGGCUCUGCAGCAGUCUUGGAGGCUGUUAUAAACAAACAGAAGCAGGGGAAAAAAAAUCUCCUUUGGGAUGAGCCUAGCCUGAAACAGAUAUUCAUGGUGAGACACUGUUGGAUAGAAGAGGCAGAAAAAGGCAGCAUCAUGACAAUGAAGACAUUUCUACACCCGCUGUAAAGAUUUAGAAGAGUUUAUCCAUGUGGAAACGUGGCCUCCUACCAUAUUGUCCAAGCAGAGAGCAGUGCUGCCAAGCAUCUUCCUGUGUGUAGUUAUUUGCCACAGUUCCCACAGCUAUCAAGGUUUCUUUGUCAGGAUUUUUCCCCCAGAACAUGGAAAAGUUGGAGUAUUGAAUGCUCAUGGACAGGUCUCAGUUCUCCUCUCUUCACCCCUGAUUCAAACCCUGCUGAAGGCAUACCAAGCACUCGUCAGCUUCCAAUAUAUGCAAGAAGGGGAAGGAUGACAGUUUACUGUGGGAGGCAGAUAAUGACCACUCUGUAUUAUCUACAUGUGGGACUCUGAGAUCUUACUGCAUCCAGAAUAAUUGCAAUGAUGUGCAAAUCUGCGCUCACCCACUGCAGCUGUACUUCUGGACUAAAUAUGCGGAAGAAAAGCUGCUUUUUGAAAUUUCACUGAGCUUGGCUACCAGCCCAAUUCUGCAGACUUGGAAGAUUUUCUGUCAUAAUAUUUCUCUGAAUCUAGCUGUGAGAAUAAAUGGCAUGAGGUAUGUUUGGCUCAAGAGUUGAGAGUUUAAAAUUUUUGAAGAAUCUUUCUUGUUUGUUAUGGAGCAAAUCCCACACUUCUUGCUUAGAAGUUCAGGCUUCCUGCUGCUGUGGGGCCCCAUCCGAACAUCUUGACUAAAAAGGAGAAGUGCCCUCCUGUGUGAAUUCUUACGAUCAACAUUUCUGUUCUCAGCUGUACUAAUUACUAUGGCAGAAGUGUUUUCACAGUGGGCAAGGCAGAUUGACGUCAUGGUUAGACCUAGGAAGACAGAAAGGACAAAGCUGCUAAAUACGGUGAAAUUACUUCUUACUUACAUGGCAGCCACCUAAGACUCUGGGCAAGGUUGGGGUGCUUAAAAGAGGCAGAUCAUGAAGAGGAAUGAACCUGUUAGUCUGAGUUCUGCUGAACAUGAAAUAGGUCAAAGUAGAUUAUUUGUACAUUAGCUACUCUAUAUUUUGCUCCAGUCUGCCCAAUAGGAAGUUACUAAGCAUCUUGAGUAUUACUUUUGGAGCUAUAGAAAUUUCUGUUAUCCUUGAUCCUACCUAGCUCUCGCACAGAGGCUCAGAGGUACUAUUACUAGUAGAUUCUUCAAGAUUUGGAGUGGUCAGUUGAAUAUCUUGUUAUUACCACACUUCUCAUAAGAAAGCAUUAAGGAAAAGCUUCUAAUCUGUGAAUUUAGUGUUUUUAUUCUUCUUUGUGGGCAAUGACACUCAUAGACACAGUAGUGCCAUCAGUAUAGCUCACAAGAUAGGCAACUCUGCAGACAUAGCACAAAGAUCCAAAGGGAUCCUCUUCUAGAUAUCCAAGAUCUACAGACCAAGAGGUCUGUAGGGUUGUGACAAAAAUUCAGGCCCAGAAAGCAUCAUCCCAGAAUUUCAGAGCUAUAAGACUCAUCCUAGAUGCUCUCAAGGCUGAUGAAGGAGAGGGGAAGAUUUCUAGGAGACACUCAAAGAACAAAAAUCUCAUGGCUUUGCCUAAGAUGUGUUUGGGUGGUGUCUGCAGAGCAGUUUGUGUUUCUCAUACGAUACCCCAGAAGCACAACAUCUUCAAGGAAAAAACAUCCCCUUUUCAUGAGCCAUGGGACACAGAGUUGGUUUGGGACCUGUGCUCCAAGAGCUUGUGACUCUUGUGCCUUUCAAAAGUCAUCGUUGUCUGGCUUUGGACACUGUAAUGCCUUUUUGCAUUUUUAGACUGUCUCUGGCUGCUGUUACGAAGCCCACCAUGUGAAGUGCACACUUUUUUAAGGAAUGGGAAUGUCAGGAUACAUUUUUCUUCUAUCAAGCAGCACGCUAUAAAAAUAUCUUCUGUAAACAGACAGAAUUUCCAGCCAUAGGUAAGGCCCUUAGUUUCAAUGAAAAUCAGUGUUGUUGCAGUAAUGUAGUAAUGACAUUCUGAGUUACUGUUUUCACAAAUCAUCUGCUUUAAUGAACAAAGCAAACCAACUUUGACCAUUUUGUUCUCAAAUUCUGUCUGAGUAUGCAGUUUCUACAGACCAUCUCAGGAAAUUUUGGACUGUUUCCUACUUCCUUAUCUGCUGUCGGAAGCAGCAUUAUUAUUCUUAUUUAUUUAUGAAGUGAGCAGAGGGAAGAAUUUGAAAUUGCUCUAGCAUUUUUUAUCCUGUUUGUAGAUUGCAGCUUUCAUAGGUAUGCUUUGAGUUAGACGGUAUUUAACAUUUUCAGUUUUGAGGACUGAUCCCUAGUGAAGGUGUUGUGGAGGUCAUUGUUUGUAUUUUAAAUUUACCAACCAGCUGUGAUUUAUCAGAUUAGUCCUUCAACUGGAAGAGUGUGAAUUAUCUUUUCCCAUGUAUAGCUUCUUGGGAACUGAAUGUAUAGUCAUGAAUAUGAGUUCAAAAUCCUCUUGACUGAAGAAUAAGCACCAACAAAAAAUGAAUAAAAGGUUGUGAAAACAAGAAUAUUACAAGCAAAACAUCAUCAAAGAGAGUGUUUUUAAAUAUUAAAGUAAAUAAUUCCGGACAAUUUGGAGUGGAAAUAUCACUUUGUUUAUAGAGAAUCAUAGAAUCACUAGGUUGGAAAGGAUUCAUUAGAUCAUCGAGUCCAACCAUUCCUAACAAUCCCUAAACCAUGGCUCCCAUUUAAACAGGAGGAAAAUGGUAUUGUUAGUCAAAAGCCUAAUGGUGGCCUAAGGACCUCACGGGAGAAAGACAGUGCUGUGCCUUGUUCCGAUACGGGUUUGCAGAAAACACAGAAACUGAAGGGUGAAAGAGCCAUUUCCUUUCUCGCUCCAUGCAGAGCCUAUUCUCAAUGCAAGUGUAAGAGAGCUCUAAUAACACAUUUGAUCCAUAAGUAUAUUCUGGUCAAACCUGGAGGGCAGCAUACACUCUCUUAAAGUACCAAAGCUUGCCCAGCACUAUCUCCUUCCACAGGAAACAGAGACUCAGUGUGGUCCCUUGGGUAGAAGGUGCAAAUAUGACAUUAGUUUUACUAAAUGUGGAGAAAUGAAACUAUAUCGGACACAAGGCUGGUAGUACAGCUUGACUGCAAAGCCAUAUAAAUAAGUCAACCAGGCUCUGGUCUACCAGCUAUUGUACAGAAUGUAUACUCUGAAGUUCUUUGGUGCGUAGCCUGAAGAUUGACGUUCAUCACUUCCCAUGGCUUCAUCACUACUAGAGCAGUAGCCAUGCAAGGCUUGUAAAAGGAUGAGAAGAGGGGAAGCUCCAAAAUGAAAUGUGGAUUAGAAGAUGAAACUCAUCUUCUGGAUACUAUUCUUCUGAGUUUGGCUAGUGACCUGUGAGAGAAGGAGAGAAUUUGGACAGCUGUAAAAUAAGAUGAUUUUGAACACCCUUUUCUGCCCUCAAAAGUUAUCCAGGGUGAUUGAGAUAAGAAAUGAUUCACAGACUGAGAUAAGAAAUGAUUCUUUCACUAGAAAUGAGAUUCUGCUGAAAGAAUACACUGAUUUAUCAGUUGUACUGUAGGACUGCUGCACUAGAGCUACUCUGGAAACUGCUUCAUAUUGUUAAUUUAAUGAAAGAAGCUUCCUUUGUUUCCUACCACCUGCAUGUCUAGAUCAAUUUAGCUUCUAAUUGAAUGUACUUUGUUUGAGAGUAAACUACUCUGAUGUUUCUUCCAUUUUCAUUUUACAGUGUCCUCAGUACUCCUAUCUGUUAAGACAAAUUAGACCAAUUAAUCCUUCAGUGGCCUUGUAUACGCCUGUUUUCACAUUUCGCUUGCAGAACCUACAGUGACAGUUAAAAUAUUUUAUUCACACUUGAGCACUGCCAGUGAUUCUGAUCUUUUCUUACCAGAAACUCUAGAACACCACUGUAUUACAUUUCCUUAGCAUUUUCAAAGUGCUCAUUUUUUUCCAGCAAGUGAUCACAAAGAAAUCUCCUAUAACCUCUCUCUUGUUAUUUCUUUCCUUAAUGAUGUGCAUUGCAGCCUUCGUUCUCCAUUAUCUGGUAUUAAAUUAUAAAUUUUUUAAGCGCAUCUUGUAUAAACUGAGAUGAUAUCUAAUUUCAUUGGUCACGCUGAUGCUAUAAUUCAAGCCACUACACUAGGAAUUAGACCUGGAUUUUGAAGGUGAGGUGGACCUGGAAAACGUAUAAUUUCAUCAGUCUGUAGGGGAACAUCUUUAAGAGAACAAACUACUCUGUACUGAUUACCAUAGUUUCUUAAUACAAGAGAUUAAUCCUGAAUGAAACCAAGCGUUAAUACUCUUGUGGAAGAAUAAGGUGAUAAGAUCAGUAUAUGAGUCUCGCAUGGGAAAUAUUUUGAGAGGGAGCAUUGGAUUAUUGGCAGUAAAUGUGAAAUAUAGCUAUGAACUUGAAGGUCUCUAGUAUCUCAGAAGAGGGGGUUCUUUUGUGCUUGAGAAUAUGCGUACAAGUCCAGGAAGAAAGAUUCUUGGAACUUAAAUGAAAUCAUGGAACACAGAGAUUUCUCUGCUCUUUGAAUAGAGGUGCCAACUCAUUUGAAUUCAUAUGCUUCCAUCCAUUUUUUUAUCACUUAUUUACAUGCAUAGGCACAGACUUUCAGCUGUGCAUCUGUGUUUAAAAAUUCACACAAGAGCCAUGUAUGACUCUGAGCUUGUUUUUGUUAAUAUAUAUAUCAGGCCAGCCAGAAAAAUAGCAAUAAUAUUUCUCCUGCCUGCUCAUUCUUGGAUGUCUCAUUUAAAUAUUUAUGCAACUCUUAUUUUAUUUUUAAAAUAAAACCCUAUGAAAUUAUCUGCCUAGGCUUUCACAAGGACACAAAUCACCAAGCUUCUGCAUUUUUUAUUAACUGUAUCCACAUCAUUUUUGCAGUUGCGGGCUUUCCUGAAUGUGAAGCUGUGCCAUCAUUCAUUUCACUUCAGCAAAGGCAUAACAUCUACAGAAUGGACUCUAGAGUAUAGUCAGCAUUUCUGUCAACACCACCCAUAACAAAAUAGGAAUUGAUUGAAUAUCAGCUUUUUAUAUUUAUAUUUUUAUGUUGUUUAUAUUUUUGUAGAGUUGAUUUACUGUACUACCACACUAAGUUACCUAA